AUGGAACGUGCAGCGGCAGGCGCAGAGUUCAACAUCCUGCUCGCCACCGACUCCUACAAGGUUACACAUUAUUUGCAAUAUCCACCUAAUACAAGCAAAGUUUAUUCCUACUUUGAAUGUCGUGAAAAGAAGACUGAGAACUCCAGAUUAAAGAAGGUGAAAUAUGAGGAAACAGUUUUUUACGGGUUGCAGUACAUUCUAAAUAAGUACUUAAAAGGCAAAGUGAUAACCAAAGAGAAAAUCCAGGAAGCCAAAGAAGUGUACAGGGAGCAUUUUCAAGAUGAUGUCUUCAAUGAAAAGGGAUGGAACUAUAUUCUUGAGAAGUAUGAAGGGCAUCUUCCAAUAGAAGUAAAGGCUGUUCCUGAAGGCUCAGUCAUUCCCAGAGGAAAUGUACUCUUCACAGUAGAAAACAUGGAUCCAGAGUGCUAUUGGCUCACUAACUGGGUUGAGACUAUUCUUGUUCAGUCAUGGUAUCCAAUCACAGUUGCCACAAAUUCCAGGGAGCAGAAGAAAAUUUUGGCAAAGUAUUUGCUAGAGACAUCUGGCAGCUUAGAAGGACUGGAGUACAAACUGCAUGACUUUGGCUACAGAGGAGUUUCUUCACAAGAGACAGCAGGAAUAGGAGCAUCUGCUCAUUUGGUAAACUUUAAAGGAACUGACACAGUAGCAGGAAUUGCUUUAAUUAAAAAGUACUAUGGAACAAAAGACCCUGUUCCAGGAUAUUCUAUUCCAGCUGCUGAACACAGUACCAUAACCGCUUGGGGGAAAGACCAUGAGAAAGAUGCUUUUGAACACAUAGUGACGCAGUUUUCUUCAGUGCCUGUAUCUGUGGUCAGUGACAGCUAUGACAUCUACAAUGCUUGUGAAAAAAUAUGGGGUGAGGACUUAAGGCAUUUAAUUGUAUCCAGAAGUCCAAAGGCACCACUGAUUAUUAGACCAGAUUCUGGAAAUCCUCUUGACACUGUGUUAAAGGUUUUGGAGAUCUUAGGAAAGAAGUUCCCUGUUGUAGAAAAUGCAAAAGGCUACAAGGUGUUGCCCCCUUAUAUCAGAGUUAUUCAGGGGGAUGGUGUGGAUAUCAACACGCUGCAAGAGAUUGUGGAGGGAAUGAAGAAGAAUAAAUGGAGUAUUGAAAAUGUUUCCUUUGGAUCUGGUGGAGCUUUGCUGCAGAAAUUAACAAGGGAUCUCUUGAAUUGUUCCUUCAAAUGCAGUUAUGUGGUGACCAAUGGCCUUGGGGUGAAUGUCUUUAAGGAUCCAGUAGCGGAUCCUAACAAAAGGUCAAAGAAAGGUCGACUCUCUUUACAUAGGACACCCAAUGGAGAUUUUGUUACAUUAGAGGAAGGCAAGGGGGAUCUUGAAGAAUAUGGUCAUGAUCUCCUUCAUACGGUCUUCAAGAACGGAAAGGUAAUGAAGUCUUACUCGUUUGACGAAGUAAGGAGAAAUGCCAGACUGAAGGACAAUGAACUAGAAGUGGCACCUCAUUAAGUUUAAUUCCAUGUCUCUCUGUGUAAUGAGUAUGUACUGCAUAGCUGACGAGUUUGUUGUACAGAUCUGUGUGUUUGUGUUUUAUGAUACAUUAUAGCCAAAUUAUUUGUUGGUUUAUGGACAUACUACCUUUUUUCUUUCCUUUUUUGCACCAGUCUUUAGAAAAGAUGAAAUUAGGAAAUGGUACUUAAAAUGUAAAAUCUAUUUAAUGCUGAAGUGUGCUUUUUAGGGCCCUUUGCCAGUAGUGAUUCAAUCUGGUAUUGAUCUUUUCACAAAUGAGACAGAGCAGAGAAACAUUUUUAUAUGGAAUAGAAUAUCACAAAAUGGAUUUACAUAAAAUUAUCAUGAUUACUUUGUUUAUAUUUAACUUGUAUUUUUGUACAAACAAGAUUGUGUAAAAUAUAUUUAAAGUUUCAAUAAUUAAGUCUUUCCAACUUUUCAUGAUUUUUAUGAGCACAGACUUUCAAGAAAAUAUUUUGGAGGAAAAAUCAUUGCCUUUUGUCCAUUAAUCAGCAAAUAAAAAUGGCCUUAAAGUUUCUUGUGACAUUGUACCAUUUUGAAGGUUAAAUCAGGACUUGUACCUACUUAAGACCCAUAGAAUUGCUGACCUCAUUGUUCCUUGUAGUUAUCUGUAGUAGUCAUUCUACAUUAAAGAAAAUUACUGUUCUUGCUGGAAUCUUUAGGUACUAUAAGCGUAUAGGCCUAGCUAGCAGUGUAUGGUAUGUAAAUGGAAUGCCAAAUUUGAAAGAAUUCUCUACUGCAACUUGUCUCUUGUCAAGUAUAGUCCACUUGGCAUAUGCACCUCAAUAUUUUAAGAGUAAAGUUUUUAAGAGAUAUCCUCUUCCACUACAGAAUAUACGUGUAAAAUACUGAUAAAUAUGGAAGCGGUGUAUUUUAAAGUAAUUAUACUUCUGGGUUUAUUUUUCAUAUAUUGUAAGUGACAUGACUUUAAAGUGAAAUACUGGACUGGGUAGUGCACUUUUUUACUUUUUGUAUUUUUUUUCAUUGAUUUGCCUUUUAUCAG